AUGUCGACAUCAAAUGGUCAACCCAUGCCCGAUAAGAGCAACGGAUCACACAAGGGCGCGAAGAAAAUUAAGAUAUCCUCCGGAAUAUCAACCUUUCCUAGAGAAGUUCUAGAUGCCUUCGACACACUAGAAAUUCUGGAUCUGUCAGGAAAUCCAUCUCUAUCAGAACUUCCAAAAGAUAUCUCGAGGUUACAUAAGCUUAAGAUCGCAUUCUUCUCAGAUUGCGGCUUCAAAACUUUUCCUAAGGAGCUUGGAUUAUGCCGUUCUCUCGAGAUGGUUGCAUUCAGGGGUAAUCACAUGACCGAGAUACCAGAGAACUCAUUUCCACGAAAACUACGAUGGUUGAUUCUGACGAAUAAUAAGCUCUCUUCGAUUCCUGCUAGUAUCGGACAGUGCCACAGGCUUCAGAAGUGUAUGUUGGCUGGAAAUCGAUUGACGUCUCUACCAGCGGAAAUGGCGCAUUGUCGUAAACUUUCACUUUUGCGAUUAUCUUCAAAUCAGAUCACAGAACUCCCGAAAUGGCUCCUCCAAUUACCUGAGCUUUCAUUCUUAUCAUUUGCUGGCAAUCCAUGUGCUACAACUUCGGAUGACAAUCCAGCCUUGGAUGAUAUUGUAUGGGAGCAGUUGGAGGUUCAACAUUUGCUUGGUGAGGGUGCUUCUGGCAUUAUCUCGAAGGGAGCCUGGAAGACGGAGUCCGAAAAGAAACCGGUUGCGGUUAAGUUAUUUAAAGGAGAACUCACAAGUGAUGGAUCUCCCGCUGACGAGAUGAACGCAUGCAUCACUGCCGGUAAACACCCAAACCUCAUCGAUCCAAUUGGAAAGAUUCAUGGCCAUCCAGAAAAGAAAGGCCUCGUACUUGAACUCAUUCCUCCGGUCUACAUUAAUCUUGGUCUACCACCGACCUUAGAAAGCUGUACCAGAGAUUCUUUCCAUCCCGAUAUGGUCUUCACAGUCGAGACCUGCAAGAAUAUCCUUCUGGGUAUUGCAAGCGCCGCGGAACACCUUCAUCAAAGAGGUAUCAAGCAUGGUGAUUUGUAUGCACACAACAUCUUGCUCGACAAGUCGACCGGCCAUGCGCUUCUUGGAGACUUCGGAGCUGCUACCAUUUACAGCAAAGAUCACGACUGCUCAGAGAUGCUGGAGAGAUUGGAAGUCUUUGCAUUCGGCCACUUGGUCGAGGACCUGUUGGGUCUGGUAGAGCACAAGGUCGACGAGGCGGGUUCUGGAGCGAGCGAGAAAGAUGCUAUGAAGAUAGAAGAGUUAAACUCCCUGCAUUGGAAGUGUUCCAAUCCAAUUGUUAUGGAUAGACCCAGUUUCUUAGAGGUUCGUGAAGAAUUAGAGGGUAUUUAG